AUGGAGCAGACUGAAAAACCGAAAGCCCAGGCUGAUAAAGUGGGACUCUCGGAAAAGAUAAAGCUCUGCCUUUCAGAGAAAACGCUACCAGCUCCCACUGAUCGCAGAAAGUUUGACCAUGACUUUGCCAUCUCCACCUCCUUCCAUGGGGUGCAUAACAUUGUCCGGAACCGGAGUAGAAUUCGCAAGGUGAUCUGGUUGCUGGUGGUUCUGGGCUCCGUCGGGCUCCUGGUCUGGCAGAUCUACAGCCGUCUGGUCAACUAUUUCAGGUGGCCCACCACUACCUCUAUGGAGGUGCAGUAUGUGGAGAAGAUAGAGUUCCCGGCUGUGACCUUCUGUAAUUUAAACAGGUUCCAAGCAGAAGCUGCAGCCACAUUUGGCAUUAUUUUUUUCUUAUGGAAUAUUGUAUCCAAAGUCCUUCAUCUUCAGGAAAUCAAUACCAACUCCACUGGCUCUAAAGAGGCUAUUGAUUUUCUUGCAAGUGAGCAAAACUUCAGCAUUACACAGUUUGUCAAGAAAAAUGGUUUUUAUCUUGACAGUAGCACUUUAUUGGAAUGUGACAUUUUUGGAAAGCCAUGUGGCCCAGAGGAUUUUGCACAUGUCUUCACUGAAUAUGGAAAUUGUUUUACUUUUAAUCAUGAUGAAAAUACCCAAGCAAAGGAAAAAGUGAGUGUUUCUGGAAGAGGCUUAAGCUUGCUCUUCAAUGUCAAUCAGGAGGAGUUUACUGAUGACCCAACGCUUGGCUUCAUCGAUGCUGGGAUCAUCUUCAUUAUCCAUUCACCCAUGAAGGUGCCGCAGUUUGAUGGUUUGGGCUUGUCGGCACCUGUGGGAAUGCAUGCACGGGUGACUAUCAGCCAGGUGAAGACAGUCCAUCAAGAACAUCCUUGGGGAGAAUGCAACCCUCACAUGAGGCUGCAGAAUUUCAGGACCUACAGCACCUCUGGCUGCUUGCAGGAAUGCAAAGCUUGGCACAUAGAGAAGCAGUGUGGAUGUCUGCCUUUCCUGCUUCCUGGAAAUGGGAUAGAGUGUGACCUACAACAGUUUUACCACUGUGUGUCUCCUGUACUCGACUACAUCGAAGUUGAGGGAUUAUGUACAAUGGGAACACAUAAUUCUAGCUGCCCUGUUCCUUGUGAAGAAACAGAAUAUCCUGCUACUAUUUCUUAUUCUACUUUUCCAAGUCAAAGAGCUUUGAAACAUCUUUCCAAGAAGUUGAAUCAAAGCCAGCAAUAUAUCAGGGAGAAUCUUGUGAACAUUGAAAUAAACUAUAGUGACUUAAACUAUAAGAUAACCCAGCAGCAAAAAGCAGUGAGUGUGUCUGAGUUACUUGCAGAUGUUGGUGGUCAGCUGGGCCUAUUUUGUGGGGCCAGUGUGAUUACAAUUAUAGAAAUUAUUGAGUAUAUAUUCACCAAUUUCUACUGGAUAUGCAUUUUGUUCUUGCUGAAGAUCCCUGAAAUGACCCAGGGGGCUCCUGAAACCCAGAAUCAUUUGGAGAAUAAAAACAGCAUACAGGAAUGCUGA